AUGGUCUUCCACCAAGCUGUUCAGCCGUCACACGGAACUUCCCUGAGGUCACCUCAGGACGCAAGCCGUCUCGACCAAGGCGUCCCUCAUCACGAGCAACCGCUACGACCAUUGGAUAGGACCAGACCCUCUCUGGAUUCCGAGAAACACUCAUGGGACGAAGACACUAAGCAGACACUUAACGUCCUAGCCACGCCAGGGGACCUCAAGGAGAAAUCGUCGACUGCGGAAGGGUCUUCAAUCCCUCAUCGCCCCGCCCCCGGAUCACGGCAAAACACCGCCCUUUCAAUUGCGGCCGCACCGUUCACGUCGUACUGCUGUGAUCUCGAACGCGCUCACAGCCAUGGGCCCUCUGGUUCCACGCAUUUCCGGCGCUCGUCUUCUUCCACUUCUGCUUCCACCCUAGCUGACGUGCCGAGUCACCUCGCCAAUGUCAGCCGGGUCUCGACCGAUGCUUACGGCAACUCGUAUCCGGAAGGAGGACGUGAGGCAUGGCUUUGUGUGCUCGGGUCCUUCUGCGGUCUCAUGUCCGCUUUGGGUAUGAUGAACACUCUAGGGACAUAUCAAGCGUACCUGUCCACGCAUCAACUGCGGGAUCACACGGAGAGUACGAUCGGGUGGAUCUUUGGCAUUUACGCCUUCCUGUCAUUCUUUUGCGGGAUCCAGAUCGGCCCUAUCUUCGACGCGAAGGGACCGCGGUGGCUCGUCUUGAGCGGGUCAGUGCUCAUGCUCGCCACACAUUUGCUGAUGGGAAUUUGCCAUCAGUACUGGCAAUUCUUAAUCGUCAUCGGCAUCGUGGGUGGGCUAGGCACUUCUCUCGUCUUUACCCCAUCCGUCGCGUCCCUGGGGCACUUUUUCUUCCGCAAGAGAGGGCAAACCACCGGCCUAGCGGCUGCCGGAGGGUCUUUGGGCGGGAUCGUCUUCCCACUGGCACUGCAGGCCCUCUUCCCCAAGAUCGGUUGGGCGUGGUCGACCCGGGUCUGUGGACUCAUCAACUUGGUCUUACUGAUCGUUGCCAACCUCUUCAUCAAAUCCCGACUGCCAGCCCGCAAGGCUACCAAGGAAAAUAUCCUGCCCGACUUCCGCAUCUUCAGAGAUCCCGUGUUUGCCUUGACCACCUCCGGGGUAUUUUUCGUCGAAUGGGGUCUUUUCAUUCCUUUGACGUACCUGAGCAGCUACGCCUUGAACCACGGCGUGUCGACAAACUUUUCCUACCAGCUGAUAGCCGUCCUAAACGUCGGGUCCUGCUUUGGACGGUAUCUCCCCGGGUUCGUGGCUGACAGACUUGGGAGAUUCAAUGCCAUGGUGGUCACAAUUUGCCUGUGUCUUGUUUCGACCCUGGCGCUGUGGCUGCCGGCUGGCGGGUCGGUGGCGCUGAUGAUUGUGUAUGCCAUUGUCUUUGGCUUCGCCUCGGGAACGGGUAUCUCGUUGACGCCGGUGUGCGUUGGCCAGCUGUGCCGGGUCGAGAACUACGGACGAUACUAUGCGACCUGCUACACCCUGGUAUCGUUCGGGUCGUUGACGGGGAUCCCCAUUGCGGGACAAUUGGUCACCACGUGCAAUGGGGAGUAUUGGGGUCUCAUCGUCUUUACAGCUUGCGCUUAUGCAGCCGCAACGAUAUUAUUGGCUACCGCAAGGGUGAUGGGCGCUGGAUGGGACCUGAGGAAGAACUUUUAA